CAAAAAUUCACAACGAACUACAUCAUUCAAGUUAAGGCAUUCAUUCUCUUCUCUUCCAUUCCAAACUCACAAAAACAUAGAAUCAGAGAGAAGAAGAAGAAAAUGCCGAUUUCUAGAAUUGCCGUUGGAAAUUCUUCGGAGUUGAGCCAUGCGGACGCGCUUAAGGCUGCUCUUGCCGAGUUCAUCUCAAUGCUCAUUUUCGUUUUUGCCGGGGAAGGCUCUGGCAUGGCUUUUAAUAAGCUGACAAACAAUGGUUCAGCAACACCAGCAGGGUUAGUGGCAGCGUCACUGUCACAUGCAUUUGCACUUUUUGUUGCUGUCUCAGUUGGUGCAAACAUUUCUGGUGGUCAUGUGAACCCUGCUGUCACUUUCGGUGCCUUUGUCGGAGGCCACAUUACUCUCUUCAGAAGCAUUUUGUACUGGAUUGCUCAGUUGCUUGGCUCUGUGGUUGCUUGCUUGCUCCUUAAAUUUGCCACUGGUGGAAUGGAAACAUCUGCAUUUGCACUUUCUUCCGGUGUUGGAGCAGGGAACGCUCUGGUGUUUGAGAUUGUGAUGACUUUUGGUUUGGUUUACACGGUGUACGCAACUGCAGUGGAUCCAAAGAAGGGUGACAUUGGCAUAAUUGCUCCCAUUGCUAUUGGUUUCAUAGUUGGUGCUAACAUCUUAGCCGGUGGUGCUUUUGACGGUGCAUCCAUGAACCCUGCUGUAUCUUUUGGGCCUGCUGUUGUCAGUUGGACUUGGGCUAACCAUUGGGUUUAUUGGGUCGGCCCAUUCGCCGGUGCUGCCAUUGCUGCUGUUGUCUACGAGAUUUUGUUCAUCACCCAAAACACUCAUGAACAGCUCCCCGUCACUGAUUAUUAAUUGAACUGGGAUGCCUUUCUCUCUGCUUAUGUUUCUUCUCAUUCCUCUGUUCUUUCUCUAGCAUUUGCUUGUGUUUCUGUUGUUCAUUCCUUUGAACUCUGUAACAUAAGAACAUCUCUCUUUCUUUCAUUAUGUAAUGUUCAUUUCAUCUUAUA